AUGAUUCUCAAAGCAAUUGUUAUUGUUGCUAGUGCACUGGCCGCUCGCACCGCCGCUCACGGUAUUGUGAGCGAGUUCUACACUGACGGCGACCGGAACGCCGGGUUCCAGACGGAGUACAUCUACCGCAAGCAGAGCGGAAACCCUGUACCUGACCUUGCUGCUUGGUCUACGGAAAGCUUGGAUAGGGGCUACAUCGAACCUAACAACCUGCAGACCCUUCACAUCAAUUGCCAUGUGAAUGCCGAACCUGGUGUUCUAACGGCUCAAGUUGCUGCGGGAGGCAAGGUUGAUUUCUUCUGGCCUGACUGGCCCCAUAAUGUUGGCCCAGUCCUUACCUACAUCGUCGCAUGCACUGGUGACUGUCUACAGACAAGUCCACUCUUAGGUCAGAAGCUUAUGGACAAUAACUUCACCUGGACGACCACUGUCCCUGAAAACAUCGCUGCAGGGAAUUAUGUCUUCCGCAAUGAGAUUAUCAACCUCCAUAGCGGUGCCGAGCUCAAUGGUGCGCAGCUCUAUCCACAAUGCGUGAACAUUGAAAUCACCGGUUCAGGGACAGAAACUCCCGAGGGUGUUCUUGGCAUCAGCCUGUAUAAGGCUGAUGACCCAGGCAUCCUUUUCGACCCUUACGGCAAGACAAUCGACUACCCCCUUCCAGGGCCUGCGCUCUACAGUUCACCUGGUUCUACUGUCUCCCCAGCUCCCAUUGGCUCUGUUACUACUGGCCACACCACUAUUGCACCCACCGGUACACCUGCAAUCGAAAUAUCGGGGCAUCCCAGCGCAAGCUUCACUGCUCCCAGGACCCGUAGCAGGUCUAACCCUGGCUCACGUACUCGCACUUCAGGCCCUUGCCCUAGUGAUGUAUGA